AUGAAUAUCGUUGAUAUUGCAUCAAAUUGGAAGAUAGUGUUAUUAUUGAUCACAGUACUACUUCAAUAUCUAUGCUUGUACUGUUUCCAAGCUGAAGCAAAGUGCAAAAGUGGCUGUGAUCUUGCUUUAGGUUCCUACUAUGUCUGGCGGGGAACAAAUCUCUCUUACAUUAGCAAAACCUUCAACGAAACAAUCCCACAAAUCCUUCAGCAAAACCCACAACUUCCAGACGAAAACAGCCUCAUAAGGGAUACCAGAAUCAACAUUCCAUUCUCAUGCGAGUGCUUGAAUGGCGAUUUCUUGGGGCACACUUUUCAUUACGAAACUCAAGCAGGAGACACGUACAAGAAUAUUGCUAGGAUUGCAUUUUCCAAUCUUACAAAUGCGGAUUGGAUUCAAGCAGUGAACACUUAUGAUCCACCCGGGAUUCUGCCUUAUGUCAUCAUCAAUGUAACUGUGAACUGUUCAUGUGGAGACAGAAAAGUUUCCGGGGAUUAUGGAUUAUUUGAGACAUAUCCAUUGAGGGAUGGCGAAAAUUUAUCGUCUGUGGCAAUGGCUUCUGGAGUGUCUGCUGAUUUGUUGCAAAAGUUCAAUCCGGGGAUUAAUUUCAGCGCAGGAUCAGGAAUUGUUUUUGUGCCGGCAAAAGGUCAGGUAUUAUAUCUGAGUUCAAUUCUCCUUGAUAUGCCUUUCUGUGAUGGAGCUGAAUCACAGUGUAGUGAAGAAUUAUCAUCAUGUGAUGCCUUAGCAUCAUAUUAUGCAUGGAAUGGAUCAAACCUCUCAGUCAUCUCCAGAGUCCUUUCCACUAAUAUCAGCAGUAUUCUCAGUUACAAUCCUCAAAUCACAAAUCCCAAUCUCAUUCAGUUUGGUAGCAGAGUAAAUGUUCCUUUCUCAUGUAGUUGCUUAAAGGAUAAGGGAUUCAUGGGGCAUCAGUUUACUUAUCAGGCCAGGAAUGGCACUUCUUAUCAAAGGAUUGCACAGCUUAUCUAUUCAAAUCUUACCACUGUUGAAAUGCUCCGAAGGUUUAACAGUUUUACCUCUGGCAAUAUUCCUGUUUCGGCGCAAGUGAAUGUUGUUGUGAAUUGUUCUUGUGGCGAUAGUAAAGUUUCUAAGGAUUAUGGACUAUUCGUGACGUACCCUCUUCGUUCCGGAGAGGAUGUAACUUCUCUAGCCAGUAAGUUUGGUCUUCCUGAAAGGUUGUUGGAAGACUAUAAUCCGAGAGUCAAUUUUAGCUCUGGAAGUGAUUUGGUGUUUGUUCCAGGAAAAGAUCAAAACGGAACUUUUCCUAAGCUAAAGUCAAGCUCAAGCGGGAUAUCAGCGGGAGCCAUUGCUGGAGUAUCAGUUGCUGCGGUACUUGGUGUUGUUUUCGUGGCAUCCUGCUUCUAUUUCUUCUUUUACAGAGACAACACUUCAACCGAAGAAUCACAUACUAAAGGAGAGCCAUAUGAAUUUAAAGAUUCUGGAACGUUGGAAAAAGAGUCGGAAUCGGGUCGUCUUGUAGGAACUGCCAAUGCAAGGCUGACUGGCAUUACAGUGGACAAGUCGGUUGAAUUCUCCUAUGAAGAACUAGCUCAGGCUACUCACAACUUUAGCCUGGCCAAUAAAAUAGGCCAAGGUGGAUUUGGUUCUGUUUUCUACGGCGAAUUAAGAGGCGAGAAAGCAGCAAUAAAGCAAAUGGAUAUGCAAGCAUCCAAAGAAUUCCUUGCUGAAUUGAAGGUUUUGACCCAUGUCCAUCACUUGAACCUGGUUCGUCUAAUUGGGUACUGCAUAGAAGGAUCCUUGUUUCUGGUUUAUGAAUACAUUGAGAACGGAAAUCUGAACCAGCAUUUACGCAAUUCUGCAGGGAGAGAACCAUUGCCUUGGUCUACCAGAGUGCAGAUAGCUCUUGAUUCAGCUAGAGGACUUGAAUAUAUUCAUGAGCAUACAGUGCCUGUCUACAUCCAUCGGGACAUUAAAUCCGCAAACAUUUUGAUUGACAAAAAUUACAGGGCAAAGGUUGCGGAUUUUGGCCUCACUAAACUGACUGAAGUAGGCAGUGCCUCUUUGCACACUCGUUUGGUUGGCACUUUUGGUUACAUGCCUCCAGAGUAUGCUCAGUAUGGAGAUGUUUCGCCGAAAAUCGAUGUGUAUGCUUUUGGAGUUGUGCUAUAUGAGUUAAUAUCAGCUAAAGAAGCCAUCGUGAAGACAAAUGAAAUGGUUUCUGAAUCAAAAGGACUUGUUGCUUUGUUUGAGGAUGCAUAUAAGAAACCUGACCCUCAAGAAGCCUUAACCAAAUUGAUCGAUCCCAGGCUUGGGGAUGAUUAUCCCAUUGAUUCAGUUCGGAAGAUGGCUCAACUGGCAAGAGUAUGUGCACAUGAAAAUCCUCAGUUAAGGCCAACCAUGAGGUCAAUAGUGGUAGCACUAAUGACACUGUCCUCCACAUCUGAGGAUUGGGACAUUGGGUCCUUCUAUGAAAACCAAGGUCUUGGUCACCUAAUUUCAGGCAGAUAG